AUGAUCGAGAAGGGGAAGCGCGCAUCGUUCGCGAGCGCGUCGGCACGUUCUUGGGCCGGCCCACAUAGCCAGGCGCGCGGGCGCUGGUUUCCUCUACUGGCGCAUAAGGCGCCAGCGAGGAGCUCUCCGGCUAAACCUAGAUGCCACAUCCUAUCGCCGCCGCCACCGCCGCCGCCGCCGCCGCUGCAACCGCCACCUUCGAUUCGGCGGAAUUGGAGGGGAAGACACUUGGAUCUGUCUGCUGCAGGAGGAGUGGGGAGAAAUAAAAUGAAGGCGCGGCAGUUCCUGAAUGUGGUGAUGCAGAGGUAUGGCAGUGUCAGCUCGUAUGCGGUGAGUCGCAUCAAGCCCGAGGAGCACCUCUUCUACAGAUCCACCGCAGAAGCACGGGCAGCAGCAAAAUCUAAGUUUAAUAUGGAGUGGCCAUCAUCAGCCGUGGCGCCACCAUGGAUGGAGAGCAUCUCGCGGAUGCCUCCGCCCAGGCUCGGAUUCGAACGGUCCAUCUCAGACGACAAAAGACUGGAUUUUCUGCCCUUCUAUGAACGAAGCAUCGGUGGUGCUAGCAAGAUCCUCUGCGUGGACGCCGAGGGGCACACCGUCCUAUACGACAUGGACGCCGGCUCCCUCCAGCUAAUUCCCUGCCUCAACAGUCCUAAGGGGAGCAGGCCCAUCGGCUUCUCCGCCACUAAUGCCGAAGCCUCCGACCCCGAGCGUGCUGAUGCCUUCUACGUCAUGGGAAGGUACCGUGUCAGCCGCAGUCCCUGCAACUUCGAGGCACUCAUGUACAGCGACCCUUCCAAUGGCGGGAGGUUGAAAGGCUGGCAUUGGCACCGGCUACCGCCACCACCUGUCGCUGAUGACAAUUACAAUGUCAUUUGCCAUGCGCUGCUUGCCAUUGACGGCCACUCGAUUCUUGUUGUCUCCUCUGGAGAACAAAGCUACUGCUUCAACACGACCAGUCGCAAGUGGUUUAAGGCCGGCUCCUGGACACUGCCAUUCUUCGGUCGUGCUGUGCAUGUACCAGAGCUCGACAACCUCUUGUUUGGCAUUGACAAUGAUGAACACCACUUUUGUGCAAUGGAUAUCUCCCCUCUACGCUCGGACAGUGGCCCGCCUUUGGCGUACAGUUGGCCACACCUUGACGAACUGCCUGAGGACUGGAGGAUGCUAGACUGCAGCUUUGUGUACUUGGGAGCUGGCAAGUUUUGCAUUACCAAGGUCUUUGAGUUUGGUUUCAACAAACGCACUGGCAACCCGACUGACACAGGUGCUGUCAUGUCUGGCGUGGAGGUAGUGCGCCACAAGAAGUCUGGACUCGUUAUGGUCAACCAUAGGUCCAAAUUCUACAAGUUCAUCAUGGAUGACAUCCAGUGUGUCUUGUAAGGGUAACUCACUAGUGAAAGGGGAGCAAAUAAACUGGUAUGUCCUAGAGGAUUGGAACUGUGUGUCUUCCCCUUUCCAUUCCAUAUGUAUUUACUAUUUAGUACUGUAGUUACAACUUCAGCUAUGUUAGUUUUUGGGUAGUAGUGCUCAUUUCCUUUCAGUAUGUUGUAUCACUAUAUUUGCGCCGUUGCUGUAUACAUAGCUUCUUAGGUGAUUUUAUUUUAUUA